AUGAGUAAACCGCUCUGUCUAAGUGAGAUUGAGUUAUUAGUUAAUCAACAAAAUACGGGUGAUUCUGAAUCAAGUACCUACUUUAUGAAUUUGGGGAACCUCCACCGGGUGGAUUUCUAUUCUAGCGGUUCCCUUAUUUCGCCAGAAGAUUUGGGCUUAAUAUCUUCAGGAUUGAACAAUCAAGAUGAUUUUACUGAAGAUUCAUUUGAUCAAAGUAUCAGCAUGCUCCAUGCCGCUGAAGACCAGGGUAUUUCGUCUGAAGAUUACGUUACGAAUACUUCAUCUGAUCAUAACAUCAGCAUACUCCAUGCCACUGAAGACCUGGGUUUUGCUUCUGAAUCGAAGCAAGUGCUAUCACCAAUCUUUCAAAAUUUGAGCGAUAACAGUGAUGACGAUCCUGAUUGGGUUCUAGUGAUUUCGCAGAGGAGGCGGAGUUUUUGUCCGUUACGUAGCCAGGUUGAAGAACAUUUGGACUUCGAUGAAAGUAUUAGGUCGCUGUCUGUGCAAGAUUUGAAGAGAAACAGGAAUUUAUUUUUAAAACCACGAAGGAUCUUGCCUUUUCUGGAUGAUGAAGAUAGUGAUAGUGAUGACAAUGUUCUAGGACUACUGUCAAACCUGUGGCAGGUUUCCACAGUGCGCGUGAUCAUCAUUUCUGAUGGAUGCGGGCACCAAAACCAGAACAGAAUUUUGUCAAGUGCCCUAAGCGAUUUGGCGCAAAGAAGGAAAAUUUGUAUCGAACAACUUUACCUGGAAAAGGGGCACACUAUGAUGGAAGUGGAUAGUGUUCAGUCCACUAUUGAGCAGUACAUAAAACCACCAAUAUUCGCUCCCAGUGAUUAUAUCACCCGGAUAAAACAAGCUCGACCACAAAAGCCCUAUGAUGUCAAAUCCAUUCACUAUGAUUUCUUUCGAUGA